CAAACCCACGUCUCCAGACGCAUCCAGUGGUCGCGUCCUGCUCGCGCAGCAUCAGCACCAUCCCAUCGGCAUCAUCAGCCGCGCUCGUCACUGAACGCGCGCGCGUCUUCCUCAUUCACUGAUGCGAUGCGCGCUCGCUCGCCGCGUCUCCGUUAAACAGCGCCGUUUGUCAUCCGAGCAGUCGCGCCCGGUACCGGAUCGUGUCUCGAGAGGAUGUACUGUAUCACCGGAGGGAUCCGGCGGCGGUCGCUUUCGGGGGCCCUUCCGUGAGACGCACACAAGGACGGAGCGGACAGACGCGCAUUUUUGAGUCGAUGUGUGUGAUUGAAGUGAGUGUCUGUGAGGAUCUCUGCGUGGAGUCGUCCGGUGCCGUUGUCCUGUCAUCUGUGAUGUUGAGCAUGUAAAGACUCUGGGGGCGCCCUCCAGGGCUGUUGUCUCUCUCCAGGUGGGAGCAUGUUCUAGACGGGACGCUUUACAGCAACCAUGAAAGGUUUAGGGGCCAACCGUAGCCGACAUCUGUCAGACGCCUGUGACCCCACCGCAGGCCCACAGGAGCCGUUGUGUCCCCUGGCCCCGGACCCUCACGCUGCCUACCUCCUGAGCCCCACCAUCAACCACUAUGGUACUCUGGAUCCUCACCUCCAUCACUUCCCUGUUUCCCCUCCCACCUCCCUACAAUCAGACUGCCUGCUGCCCCUGAAUAACCAGCUAACCAACAGCAGCACCUUCCCACGGCUCCACUACACCAGUCAGGCAGAGCAGAACGAGUACGCGCAGCAGGGCUAUGUGGCUCAAACAGGGAGUCGUGCCGGCACUCUCACAUCCUCCAUGUCCAUGGGCAUGAAUCUGGGACUCGGGCUGGGCGCCCCCGCCAUGAUCUCCAGCGGCACGGCCACCAUUUCCUCCGCGGCCGCCGCUAAGAUGAAUCGGAUUCCGGGCAACCUCCUCGACCAACUGGAAAGACACCUGCCGCUCCAGCGGGACGGUUUCAGCACGCUGCAGUUCCACCGACGCAGCCGCGGCUCCAAGCAGCGCAGCGAGAGUCCCAGUCGCAUCCGCAACCUGGUGCAGUCCGUCCAGAAGCUCUUCGCCAAGUCUCAGUCUCUGGAGGUGUCGGCGGUCAAAGGGAACAUCGCCGCGGGUCAGGCAGGAGACGCUGCCAAGAUGGCCUGUAGAAGCAAGAGCAAAGACCGGGCUAAGACGGAGGGCACCAAACGGCGACCUCGACCCAACCUCUCAGGGUUCUGGAGCUCAGACGACGCUUUGGAGGACGAGCCCGCCAGUCAGCCCGCCACCGCCGGCCCGUUGGCGGUGGCGUAUCGAAACCCAUUGAGCAUGAUGACGCUGGGCAGAGCCGUGUCGGACAGUCAGGCGGCACCCAGACCACAUCCACAGGGCUACCACACCAUCGCGGCUCUCUCCCUCACAUCCUCGAAGAGCAGCGGAGAUCUCAAGACUCAGCCGGGACCGGUGCCCUCCGGGGGUCGAGGGGAGCACAACGCGCUGGUGAAGAGAGCCUCCUGGUCCGCGCUGACGCUCAGUCAGGCCAGACAGGUGCUUCAGAAGGGCACGGUCAACGCCAACCGCACACUGCUCAAGUCUAAGUCCUGCCACGGACAAGAAAUGACCUGCAACUUCCUACAGGUGCCGGCAGGCGAGUGGAGUGGGACUCUGGGUAAGGGAGGCGGGGCGGGUGAUAUCCCGUGCAGGAGGAUGCGCAGUGGCAGUUAUGUGAAAGCCAUGGGAGACACGGAGGAGAGCGAGGACUCAGACGAACCCCCCUCGCCCAAACCCUCGCCCAAGACCGCCGCCAGACGACAGAGUUACCUGAAAGCCACACAACAGUCUCUGAGUGAACAACAACCACCACUGCCGCCACGCAACUGUAUGCCGUCUCUAUGUGAGGUCUCCACCAAUCGGAGUCUGGAUAACCUGGACUGUUUGAUGACGUCAGGUGAAGCGGGACUGCCGCACUGGGACACGGAUCACAGGUUCAGUCAGGGCUGUGGGACACUGGGUCAAGGGUCCGGCAUCAGCCAGGUGGAGCAUGGUUACCCGGGCAGCGUGGCUUACGGUCAGCUGGAGGCCUUGGACCUUCCCAAACCAACCUGCUUUCGGUCUCGCAGCCACAGUUACCUGCGGGCCAUCCAAGCCGGAUGCUCCCAGGAUGAUGAUACGGGCUCCGUGGACUCAGAUGAGACUCCGCCCACAACCAUGUCCAUCAGUAGCUAUACCAACAGCAACAAGUCCUCGUGUACAGCUGUGUGUAAGAAGACUCCUCCCCCUAUACCUCCCCGCAUCACCUCCAAACCCUUCAUCGCCGUCACGGUCCAGAGCAGCACCGAAUCCGCCCAGGACACUUACCUGGAUAGCCAGGAACAGCGCAGCGAGGCCAACAGCCAAUCAGGACGCAGCAAUUCUUCAGACAGCCUCGCCAGCUCGCGGACAGGAAGUCUAGUUAAGAGCGCCAAGCGGCCGCCAAUCCUGCCCCCCAUACCCGCUCCACGGGAACCCGUACCUCUGCCCAGCGCGAGGGUGACCACCCCGCCCCCUUCCAUCGUUCCACCCUCUCCCGCCCCAGAUGCCAAAAAUGAGCCUGUGAGUUUGACGGUGACCCCCGACGUACCGAAAGCUGAGCCCAAGAGAAAACUCUCAUCUAUUGGUAUUCAGGUGGAUUGUGUUCAGCCGAUUCUGAAAGAGGAACAAACUCCCACGACCAGAUUUCAGUCCAUCGGUGUUCAGGUUGAAGACGGCAGGCCACUCAGUCGCUUCACUAGCAUGGCGUCUAGACAGGAGACUGCGGAUGCCGAAGCUCAGGACCAACCUGACGGUAAACCUUCGGAGAACAAGACGCGCAAUCAAUCGUUAGACGGCAGACCCGUGAGACCGGACAUGCGCUGCAGUUUUGCCUCGCUGCAGGAAAAACUCGACCCAGCGCUGGAUCCGUCCUCGCUGCCCCCGCCCGACCCCUCACUGCAGGCCGGUACGGGCAGCGUAAACGGAGCGGCGGAUCAGCCCGGGGGUGUGGCCUGCCUCAGGGACGGACGCUGGUUCCAGAAGCUCCUGCAGGCCGAGACGGACCGCAUGGAGGCUUGGUGUCAACAGAUGGACCAAGAGACCAAAGACAAACAACUGUCCGAAGAGGGUGAAUUAUUCUUUUAUAUGUUGGGGAAGGUUCGCAGUGCGGUCGGCAGUGCUCAGCUCCUGAUGUCAAAGAAGUUCAAGCAGUUUCAGGGUCUUUGUGAGCAGAAUCUGGAUGCAACCGCUCAGCCGCGGCCCACAGCGCAGGAUCUGGCCGGCUUCUGGGAUCUACUGCAGCUGUCCAUAGAGGACAUCAGCAUGAAGUUUGAUGAACUCCACCUCCUCAGGUCCAACAACUGGAAGAUAUCCGAGAUCCAGGACAAAAAGGAGGAGAAGAAGGCCGCUCCCGCGCACACACCAAAGAAGACGGUGAAGGUGAAGACCAGCGGCAUGAAGGAAAAGAGCAGCGAUUCUGUGGCCGACAAGCAGCGUCAGGAAGCCAGAAAGCGUCUGAUGGCGGCGAAGCGAGCGGUCUCGGAACGGCAGAACUCUGCCACGGAGAGCGCAGAGAGCAUCGAGAUUUACGUUCCGGAGGCCCAGACGCGACUCUGAGACACUACGAAACCGAAUGCUUACACUUUGUGCACCUCCAAAUACGCCUCCCUAAAUACGCACUUCCUAGUGCCCACGCGGACACUCGUGGAUCGGAAAGUGUGGCGUGCAAAAAGCAGUGCAGUAAAAUGACGAGCAAAAAAUGUACACAAAGAGCGAAAAAUUAAACGAGCUUGAACGCCAUGGCUGCCACAGAAGAACCUCUCCUUGACCUUUGUUUCUAUGGUUACCCUUGUUAAAAUGAUCGAUGUUAUAAAAGUGAAUUAUCUCAUGGAAUAUAUCAAGACUUUGUCUGUAAAUUGUGCUAAUAUCGCUGAUGAAAAGACGAUCUUUCCUCCAGACCCUUUACACGCAUCACUCACACGUCACGUGACCACCGAACCCUCCCGGACGUAUUUUUUUGUUGUUGUUGAGCAUGCACUCAGGACCCUGCACGUGUGCACUUGCUUCUCAUCAGCACAGUCUUCCUGCUCUCACAAACACACUUUCGGUUUUCUUUAAACGUUAAAUUUGCCCCUGGUCUCCGGUCGGAUGGAGUGUGUUCAGAAGUUUGAACUCUUAAGCGUUUGAAUGGCGUAUGUGAAUGUUUAGUGAUGUUGAGCAAUCUGGGUCAAUCUGAGCUCUUGAUACUCUGCAGAUGUCAUGAGGAUGCAACAGAUACUUGAAAUGUACUAAAGCUGAAGACGAAUAGCACAGAUCUCAGACCAGCCCGAGCAGAAGGAUUUCACUCCACUUGUUUUCUUUCACAACCAGUUAGCAGUUAGUUAAGAUAGAGACACUUUAGCGUUUUUCACUUAAAAGUAAAAUUUGAUGCAGAAAACGCACAGCUUGGUUCAUUUUCCAUGAAACUGCAUGUCGCUCUUUCUGUUCCAGCUAUCCAUUCCUGUCUUUUUAAUUUUGUAGGAUUAAAAUGCUUUUUAUGAUGAAUGUUUUAGAAAUUCACCAAUGGUCCAGAUUUCCACCUGGGUCAACAGUCGUUUGUUUUGUAAUGUUAUUGUUAUUAUUAAUAUUAUUAUUGUUAUUAUAUUAUUUUAAAGGUUUUUGUUCUCUGUGGUCCAGUCAUUCCACGUGUACUUCAGUACACAGUUUUUCUGACGCUUGAAUCCGCUGGAUGUUUUCCAGUCGAUUCAGGCAGUGACAGUAAAGCUGUCGUCUUUGUGUGACCAAUUAGAAGCCGUCGCUUGUAAUAGAUCUUUUUCUUUACAGAAAUUAAAGACUUCGGUUACCCAGAACUUGUCAGUAAUGUCUGAAUAAUUUUCCUGUAUGGCGUUGUCAAUCUCAAAAAUACAGAGUAAUGUUUUAAAACCGCAGGAGAAGUCUGCACAUUAAACUUGAAAACUUUCUUUUGACAUCGUAAGAUGACCUUUAGGAACUGAAAGAGUCAUCACCUUGUGUUUUCAUGAGUUAGCUUUGUAUCAUGUUAGGAUUUAGAAGCCUACAUUUGUGUCAACUGCACAGUAAACACUACGCAGUGGUCGAGAUGCAAUGAAGAGAAUUUAUUUGAAUGUAUUUUUGAUCCGAGUGUGGGUAUAGCAGUGAAAAUAUACUAAAAUAAGUAUUUUAACAAACCAUUUAAUUUUGCGUAGAUUUAUGGCUGAAUAUUACGACUUACCUUUAAAUUGUAAGAGGGAACUUUAAUUCAGUUUAUUAUAAAGUCGUGGCAAUUUAGAGUGGUUAAUGGGAACAGGACUCUGAUUCUUGCCGGUCUUUUAUUGAAACUUUUUUUUACCCCAGUCUGCUGACAUCCAUUAUAAUGUUAGCAAUGAAAUGACUGACUGAUAUGAGUGUAGAUGUGUAUGUACUCAACAACCUGUUUAAAGCUAAAGUUAGUCAGACAUUCAUUGAAUUGCAUAAAAUUAAAUAAACAAUGUUGGUAACACUUUACGAAAACAAGUCUCAUUCAUCAGCAUGGUUUAACUAACAAUGAGCAACAUAUCUGAACAACAUUUCUUCAUUUUUGCUGAUGUUAUUGAACACAAUAACAAGUGUUCAUUUAUGUUAGCCCACAUGAAAACAAUUCUAGUAUACUUUAGUAAUACUACGCAUACAUGAGGGAGUAAACGUAUGUUUGAUUUUAAAAUAUGAAAAUGUAGUUAACCAAUGUUAAAGUGUUACCACAAUAUCCUAAUCAAAUGAAAUAAUGGGAUGAAUUCCAAAAUGUUUUGUUAUAUAAUUUGGUUUUGUCUUUUACGUAAACCGUGCUGUAGAAAAAGACCGGCCCAUUUCUGUUCGUGUUCCGAGAAAAUGAAGGUUUGUCUUCUCUUGUUUUUCUUUUGCCUCUCAGUUCUUGAUCCUAAAAUGAUCAUGUUUUAUUUAAGCAAAUCAACAACUUGUCUGGACCAAUCACAGCUUAGAAUGCGAAAUGUUUUGAGUUUUACAGCAAUAAUGUUACUGUUCGAUACAGAUCCAAAGUUAAAGCAGGUGACGUCACGUGUUUCUAAGUUCACAGAAGAAUCGCUUGUUAUUGAAAAUCUUCAUCCAAGACGUCUCCAUUUACAUGACAUGCUUUUUUAAUGACAACUAACUCGGCACAAGUUUCUAGAUUCUGCAUGUCGCAGCAAUAUCUCCCCUACGGAAUCUCACAGACUGACGAUUCGCUUCACUUUCCGUCGGAUAUAAACUCCAGAUCAACAAAAGCAAAACAGGGCUACACUGGACUGACGGACAGUCUCUGCAGGACAUUCGAUGGACUCCUAACUGCCUUUGCAUUGAUUUCACCUUUCUUUCCUUGAGAGAUUUUUAAAGCGGUUUGUGUGUCAUCUGCUGUAACUAACCAAUGAUGUUUUCCAGCUGGACGGAGAGGGCUGAUAAAGAUGACGUCUAUCACGUGUCUAAAAGACACAAUUUUGUCAUUCCUUACCCGCCUUCAUGUGAAACUUGUAUGUUUAUCUUCCGUGAAACACAGGGCCUUUAAAGGCGGGGUGUCCGAUUUCCGAGUUACGCUUGUUUAGACAAAGUCGGGCCGAGUACCAAAACAACCUUGUAGCCAAUCAGCAGUAAGGUGCACAGGACGGACAUUAGUCGAGCCGAGCGCUGACGAAAGCCAAAGAUGGGGGUAGGGGUGUGUCUGUUUUGGUGAUUUGAACAUCAACAACGGCUAAGAGAAAUCGGACACCCCGCCUUUAAGACUGUGGGUUUGAAAAAACAUGAGGGGGAGUAAAUGAGAAUGUUUUGGGUGGUUUUAUUGUUUUAAACACUACAUGUAACUAAAACAGAUUUGGUUUAUUACUGCUGUGGGAACUGAAUGUGUAUUCUGGAAAUGUUUUCAAGUGAUUCUGUGUUUGACCUGUUGAAACAGGAAAAGUCUGAAUUAUGGAAUUGAACAUGUACACCCAAAUGCCAUCCCAUGUCUUCAGAGUCCGGAGAAAGAUAGAUUUAUAGAUAUUGUUCAUGAUUAUUUUUCAGAACUCUCAUGUUUUAAAGUAAUAUAGAUACAUACAAUGUAGAUUGUAGGAUUGUUGUGGGAAUAUUUCUUUUACGAUAAAAAUAAAGUUUUAUUUAACAAGAGCGGAGCAAAACGGUGGAUGAUUGU